AUGUCCCGGUUGAAGCGUUUACGUGCUCUCGAAAUUUCUGGCUCAGCGAAGAGUGCUGGAUCGGAUUCGGAUAGUUCGUCAAGUUCCGAAGCAUCGGUGCCUUCGCAGGCCAUCCAGGACAGUACAGUGCAGGUGAGCCUUCCAGUUCCCUAA